AUGGAAGCAUAUAAUAAAUUCAAUUUUGAAGCAAAUGAGUAAUUUUAACAACACCUAUUAAACAUCUAUCCUUUACCUCCAAAUUUAGAUAAAAUUAAACGUAAAUGGUAUAAAAAUAAUAUUGAUCCAUAAUUUGAUAUCAAUGCAGAAUUUUAAAAUCCUAAUUCAAAUACCUAAUCAUAAUAAUAAUAAUAAAAUCAAAAACAAUAAUCAUAAUCAUAAGACAAUUAUUAAUAAUCAUAGUAAUCAUAGUAAUCUUAAUAAUCUUAAUAAUAAUAAUAAUCAAAUUAAAAUCAAUAAUAAUUACCUUCCAUUCCUAUACUUACUGUCAUUGAAGGAAUGCUAAAAGUAUUAUAUUUUCCAGCUUUAUUAUUCUUAUUUUCACCUCAUUUAAAUAAAUAUUUAAAUUUUGGAAGUGUAUUAAUUUGUUUUCUAGCAAUUUAUCGUUUAUAGGGAUUGCCUAAGAAAAAUUAUGUUUAAGAAUACUUUUUAAGAAUUAUUUAACUUGAAUUCACAACAAAUAUAUUCUUUAUUAUUUCAUUAUUUACUAUUGAUAGUUUUUCAUUUUAAUUGCCAAUUGCUUUACAUUUUAUGGUAGGAGCAGCAGAAUUUUGGACUAUGAUUAAUUAAGAAUAAGGAUUUUCUUUUAAGGCAGCUAAAUAUAUUAAAGCAAACAGAAAUGAAAUAAUUCUUACCAAAUAGAAAAUAGAGAUAUAUUUAUUCUUAUAUUCUAUUAUUGGAAUAUUCCUAAAGAAAACAUCUAUUCUAUAAGCUGUAAUAAUAUUCUAAAAUGUGUUACUCAAAACUAAAUUUAAUAAAAAUAUGAGAAAUGCUUAAGGAUAUAUUAGAGUAUGGUAUGCUGAUAAAUUAAGUGAAAAUAAAAAAUUACCUGAAGGUUUACGUAAAAUUCUUAACAUUAUUUGGAGAGGAUAUGAGAAAUUAUUGACUCUUUUUUGAGUAAUUUAAUCAAUAUUGUUUUAUACAG